AUGUGGCUUCUCAACGCUCGAACAUAUAGAAUAAAGCAUUUCACGAUCCCCCCGCCUUAUGCCAUCUUGUCGCACCAAUGGGGUGAUGAGGAAGACGAGAUAUCCUUCGCAGACAUUCGGAGGACACGGGAGGAAAGUCAAGCUCGCGUACGCCGCAAAGCUGGCUGGAGAAAGUUGCAGGGCUGUUGUGAACAGGCAUUAAAGGACGGACUAGAAUAUGUCUGGAUUGAUACCUGCUGCAUCAAUAAGGAAAGCAGUGCCAAAUUGACGGAGGCCAUCAAUUCCAUGUACAGAUGGUAUAAAAAUUCAGUCGUGUGCUAUGCCUUUCUCUACGACUUUGCAGCCCCGGAAGGCAUCGAUAAAAUGCUAAAAAGUCGUUGGUUUUCGAGGGGUUGGACGCUUCAGGAGUUGAUUGCGCCCCAGGAUGUUUUCUUUUACGACCGCGACUGGCACUACUUCGACUGCCGCUCCGAUCGAUUCAGUGAGAUUUCCCUAGCUACACAUAUCAGUAUGGGCCUGCUAGGCGGCUUUGAAAGCAUCGAUGAUUACAGCGUUGCUGUUAAGAUGUCCUGGGCCUAUGGACGUCAGACGACACGGGAGGAAGAUGUUGCUUACUGCCUGAUGGGUCUAUUUGAUGUAAAUAUGCCUUUGUUGUAUGGUGAAGGCAGGAAAGCGUUUAUCAGACUACAGGAAGAAAUUAUCAAAAACGCCGAUGACCAGACAAUUCUUCUAUGGGACCCUUUACCACCAGACAGGACGAGGAUAUCUGGGAUACUGGCACCAGAACCUUCCUGUUUUGGGAGGACAUUCGCCUUCGAUAUCAUCAACUAUAAGACGGAGCCGUUUCAGAUGACCAACAAAGGCCUCUCAUUGACAACGAGACUCUCCCCGUACAACGAUGACAUCUACGUCGCCUGGCUUCAGUGCGGAACGGCUUCUGCUGCAAUAGGAAUAUUCUUACGCAGACUUGCGAAAGGCGACCGGUUUGCUAGGGCAUAUCCUCACGGAAGCAGCACUUGCAUUGAAGGGGGCUCGAUAAGCACGUCUUUUUCCGACAAACGUCAUAUUUUUGUGGCCAAAGAAAUUCCAGCGUCUCGAGAGGCAUCUACAUGGAUGUAUACACUCUCCUCUCACUGCUCAGAAAAGAUUCUUCUGAAUACCGUCUGGUAUCCGAGCAGGUAUGAGAUCGACUUAAUGGAUGCCCUUAAACACGAAUCGGAAGCUGCAUUUGGUUCUAAUUUGGUUGCACACUGGAAUCUUAAUAGGGCUUGCUUAUGGAUGGUGUACGGCUUCGACUUCGACCUCAACCCUGUUUGUGUCUUCUACAGAAAAUCUGUCUGUUCCCAUACCUUCGGUGAAAUUUUGGGAGGCGGUGCACCGUUCAAGAUCCUAGGUGACAUCAAGGAUGAUGUAUGUCUUAGUUGGAAGGAGUUCGUCGCAGCUUCAGAUAGCGGCCGGCUCGAUAUGGAUCUACUACGUGAAGGGGUGCUAGCGCUGAAGGACAUUACACAGCGUGGAUUACAUGUAAAACUCACAUUCGGGAGGGAAUGCGAACCGCGCCACCUUUCUGUGCGAGUUCGACUUGAAUCCUCGCCUCACCUCUUUUUCGGUUUUAAGAACUUACCUAGCGUCGAUAAUCCAGGACCAAAUGGUUCAUGA